AGGAAGAUGAACCACCGUAUUCUCCUUUUCUCACUGUUCUUGGCUUCAGCAUUUGCUGACAAAGAAAGUCAGAAAGCAAACCAAAACUUUUCUUCAAAUAAUACCAGUCAUAAACGCCUGAAGAGAGACUGGAUAUGGAACCAAAUGCAUAUCAAAGAAGAGAUUGAUACACCAUUACCACACCAUGUUGGCAAGAUCACAUCAAGUGUAAGUAACAACAACGCUAAGUAUAUUAUUGAAGGUGAAUACGCCAACACCAUUUUUAAGGUGGAAGAAACCAGUGGUGAUGUGUAUGCAUUUGAGAGACUAGACAGAGAAAAGAAAGCAGAGUAUGAGCUGACAGCUCUCAUUAUUGACAGAAGAAACAACCAGUCACUGGAACCCCCAUCUAAAUUCAUUAUCAAGGUUUAUGAUAUUAAUGACAAUGUCCCUGUGUUUGUACAAAAAGUAUUCAAUGGAUCUGUCCCAGAAAUGUCACCAGUAGGAACCUCGGUCACCAAAGUGACAGCUGUAGAUGCUGAUGACCCAACAGUUACAGGUCAUGCCACAGUUACCUACCAAGUCAUUAAAGGAGACGAAUACUUCACAGUUGAUGACUCUGGCGUGAUUUCUACAACAAGGGCUGAUUUAGACAGAGAGAAUCAAUCAACAUAUGAAAUUAUUGUUAAAGCAAAAGAUGCUCCAGGGUCUUCUGGGGAUUCAAGCACAGCUACAGUCAUUAUCACUUUAACAGACAUCAAUGACAACUUCCCAGUAUUCAAACACCAAUCAUUUCACUUUCAAGUUCCUGAAAACAUUUCAGUAGGAGGAGAAGUUGGCAGAGUCAAAGUAGAAGAUGUUGAUGAACCACAACAUAGAAACACAAAAUACAGUUUUGUCAGAGGAGAUUACAGAGACACCUUUGAAAUUGUAGCAAAUCCAUUCACAAAUGAAGGAAUCAUUAGGCCAAAGAAGCCCCUGGACUUUGAAAAAGUAGCAGAAUAUAGGUUUGACAUUGAAGCAACAGAUCCCACAGUUGAUCUUCGCUAUUUUAAAUCCGGAGGCUCUAGGAGCAUUUCAAGAGUCACCAUUGAAGUCACUGAUGUUGAUGAGCCUCCGGUCUUCACUAAACUACCGUAUGAAUUUAAAGUAAGAGAAAAUGAUCCAGAAAUAAAAACACUAGGUUCAGUUUGGGCACACGACCCUGAUGCAGCCAAACGGAAAAUCAGAUUUACUCGACGAAGAGCUAGUCCUAAUGGAGACUAUGUUAGGGUAUCCGAUACUGGAAUUAUUCAACUUCCCAAGCCCCUGGACAGAGAAUUCAGCUCCUCAUACAACAUCACUGUAGCAGCUCAGGAAAUCCUUGAAGACGGACGUCUUUCUGACAGAGAAUCCCAUGCCCAAGUUCAUGUAAUAGUUACUGAUGAAAAUGAUAAUGCUCCAGAACUUGUUUAUCCUGAGGAACCCAGAGUGUGUGAAAAUGCAGCACCAGGAAAGGUAAUCAUCAGGAUUUCAGCUACUGACAGGGAUGAAAUAUCACCUAGAGGUUUCUUCAGAUACUCCCUGGCCACAGAAGACAGCAACUUCUCCUUGGUUGAAAACUACGAUAACACAGCUAAUAUCACUGUCAAAUAUGGACAGUUUAAUCGUGAACUUGCCAAAAUCCACUACCUGCCUGUCAUCAUCUCAGACAACGGUGAUCCAGAGCUCAGCAGCACAAAUACACUUGUCAUCAGUGUCUGCAAGUGUAAUGAAAAAGGCAACAUCACUUUUUGUGAGGAAAGAUCUAAACAAGUUGGAGUUAGUAUACAAGCACUGGUGGCAAUUUUUAUCUGUCUCUUCACAAUCAUUAUAAUCAUAUUGCUAAUUCUUCUAAGAAAGAGACACAAGAAGGAUUUGAGCGGUCUUGGGAGGAAUGUGGCAGAGAUUCAUGAGCAGCUUGUCACUUAUGAUGAAGAAGGUGGUGGUGAAAUGGAUACCACCAGCUACGAUGUAUCUGUACUCAACUCUGUCCGCAAGAAUGGUAUAAAGCCAGAAGCAGUUCCCUCUCCAUAUGCACAAGUCCAAAAGCCUCUUGGAAAUAUAACUUCUGGUGCUGGAGAAAUGGAAAUGAUGAUUGAAGUUAAGAAGGAUGAAGCUGACAAUGACAGGGAUUUGCUGCCAUAUGACACACUUCACAUUUAUGGCUACGAAGGUGCCGAGUCCAUUGCAGAAUCUCUCAGUUCUUUGGAAUCAGGCUCCUCAGACUCAGAUAUUGAUUAUGACUUUCUAAAUGACUGGGGACCCAGGUUUAAAAUGUUAGCUGAGCUGUAUGGAUCAGAACCAAAUGAAGAUUUUGUGUAUUGA